UAUUGAAAACAAAAAACAAAUAUUGGGAAAAUUUUAAAAAAGAUAUUGUGGAAAAUAUAGUUAAAAAGUGACCAAUAAUUUAAGAAAAAUAUUUGAAAAUAUUUAAAGCAUAUAUUAUAAGAAAUUAUAAUUAAAAGAAAAAUUAAUUUAAAAUAAAAACUAAGAAUAUACCCAAAAAUAUACUCAUAUACCCAAAAAUAUAACCAAAAUAUAACCCUUAAAAUUAUACCCAAAUCGACAUAAAACACAAAACAAAUCAAAUAUUUUUUGUAUUGCAAAAAGUGCUACUGCCAGCCAGUCCCCCCAAACCCUCAUGUUAAGAAAGUGAAAUUUCACGCACACACAUACAUAUAAAGAGAAAAAGAGGAAAGUGCAAAUAAAUAUUCAAGUGUAAAUUCUUAACAGCAGUGUUUAAAUCAUAAAGCGACAAUAUUUUCAUCGUCAACAACUACAACAACAGCAACACAAUGGGUACGAAAUCGCCUGGUGGACCGCAACGUUGUCGGCUGAUAUUACAGCGCUGUCUCGCCAUACAGCUGAGCAAACCCGGUCAUACCCCGGAGGACUUUUGGAUGUACGAUUCGGGUUAUAUGAUCUUUCAGAACUUUCUCGCCGCCAACGCGCAAUGUUGGUGGAAUGCACCACUCACCGCCGCAACGCGUGCGCUCAAAUAUGCCGGUCAUGUGGCGCCCGGCAUGCUAUUGGUGACAGCCGAACCAUGCGCACUGGAAGUGCUACGCGGCGCCUAUGCGCGUAGCGUGCUGAAACCACCGGCGACUUAUGUCAUCAGCUCAGUCGGUGACAUCGAUGACUGCAUCGUAACACCGACCGUGCAAGGACAAUUUACCCCACUGCCUGAGGCGCUCUGCGAUGUCAUUAUGGACCUUACCGCAGAGGGACACUCGGCCACCAUCGAGAAUGUGCGCAUCAAGCUGAGCAUACGAUUUCCGCAUAUGACACCGCCAGCCACCGAAGUUAUCUACGAUACGCUGGCACAAUUGAUGCAGGAACAGAAGAUAUAUCAAACCGCUAAGGGUUACUUCAUCUUCACACCAGAACGUCGCCGCAGCCGUUCGAGACCGCGUGCCAUGCGCAAUGGUUAUCAGGAUUUUGAAGAAACCGAUGAAAUACCUCAGGAGGCGCGCACAAUGCUUAUGACCAAUGCGGAGGCGCUUCACUCAUUGUACGGUGAAAUCUCCACAGAACGCGAUGGCGAUCUAACGCAUCAAUGCAUACAAACCAAUUUGGCCGAUGUCAUUUGCGGCGGUAAUCCAAAUGACAAAAUACUUUAUCCGCGCGCCGCCAAAAGACGUAGCGCCUCAUUCCCAACACCGCGCAGCCUGGAGAGGCGGCAUAGUCUGCGUUUAUUCGGCUCCUCAAAGCGACUGCAGCGUUGCGCGUCAACACGAAGCCUCUCAAAGACAUACGCACAAACUUUAGCCACGGACAGUAGCAGCUCGGAGUACCAAAGCACAGAUUCUUCGUCACCAAAAAAGGGAUCUUUGCUAUCGCGCCUCUUCCGACGUAGUGGACGCGCCAAACAACGUCAAAUCGAAACAUAUUCAGCCCAGUUCCCGCCUGCCGAGUGGUUUAAUUCUCGUGCCGUGCAUUUACAUAGUGUUGGCACGCAAACAGCCGAUCACGACAUGCCGGUGGCGCAUACGCUCUCCAAUUCCACAUUCUACGAUGGUUCGGAGUUGAGUCAACGUUCACUGACACUGCCACGCCGACAUCGACGACACAUGUCCAGCGACUCGACCUUCCUUAUAUCGUCGCGCGAUUGUUCGCCCAUACGCCGACGUUCGCCAGUCUACUGCAGCAGUUCACUGCCACGUUCCACACAAUCGAUACCGGCUACAGCGAGCGGUACAACGAACAUGACCAUCGCACCGACGUCAGCGACCAAAGCGAAUCACUCCACCGCGACGCUGUCACGCCUCUCGGCGCCAAAUCAUACAACAACAGCAAGCGCUGUUGCCGCCGCUGUGGCAGCUAACGCACAGAAAUCUUCCUCAAAGAGUGUUAUCGGCAAGCACAUAUUCGAACAGUCGCCAUCGCGCACCAGCGGUACCCUAAAAGCGUCGGCGACGAAACGACAGUCGGAUAACAUAAUAAUUAACGGUUACGCCAGCAAUUUGGAUAGCGGUAAGGUGAGCUAUCGCAGCGUACAAAGCGGUCCGUCUAGUUUGGAGUCGGGCAAAGCCUCGUCCAUGCUUACCUCGGGACCGUCGAGUAUCGAUAGCGGUAAGGUGUCAUUCAGCAAAACCAGUGGUCAUUCUAGUCUUGACUCGCAGUGUUCGACCAAUACGGCGGUGGUGCAACCAAGUCCAGCCCGUUCGAUACUCGUAUUGAAUGGGUCGCCGCGCGGCACACCACGUCAUCAGGCAAUGCGUGCACGCGCCGCCGAACAGACGCAACGGCAACGCGCCUCGACGCCAUCGCGCAUACUCGAGGAAAUCACCAAUCAACAAAAGCCGGCACCAGGCCGCACCACCAGCAAUACCGGCGGACAAUCCUAUUACAACGGCAUACCGAAUUCGAAUUCGAACAAUUCUAUCACACUGCAGGUGACGACCUCUAAUGGUAGUCAAAGUAGCAUACCAAGCACGAAGAUUUACGUGCAGAACUCACCAGCGCGUAGCGUUAUAACGUUGGAGAAUGGCAAACUGAUGGAGAAUUCGAAUGUCUACAUCAUUAAUAAUGAGACGACGACCAAUGAGAAGGGCGAAAUCAUUAAGAAGACACUCUCGAAGCAGGAAACUGCGCCAAUGCGAAGUCAGCAGCAACAAAAGGAGCAACAGAAACGAAAUUACGCACAGGCGCAUGCGCAAACGCACAGCCAAACAAAGUCAAUGCAACAACAGCAGCAGCAGCAACAACAACAGCAACAAUCAACAGUAAUACAACAAAUUUACAAAGACAAUUCGAUUAGCGAGAACGAGGCGAACUCCGAAACUUGCGACUCCAUUUCUUUUAUCAGCGAAACAUCACCAGACAAUUUGGAUACGCUCAGCUCCACGGAGGUGAUUGACAAUUCGAAAUUCACAAAGAAUAUCAACAACGACGCCACCAUGAAUAACAGCCGCAAGCUCUGUUUACAACUGCCGCAACACGGCUCCAGCAAUAUUGUCUACAAAAACAAUGUGCUGAAAAACGAAUCGAAUCCGAACUCGCCCAGCGGCGAGAAGACGCUCGCAAUGGCGGCGCUCGCAGCCAAGCAAGAUUUCGAAAUCGCCGGUUCGGUUGGCAAUUUACGCUUCUACGAGAAGAACACGAAGGACACAACGCACGCGAAAUUGAUGAACUCGCAUUGUGAUUUGAAGAAUCUCAACCGUUACGAGUCUUCGGGUAAUCUGCAAAAGACCGGCAAUAUACUGCAAUCGAAUCCAGCCAUCAAUAGUGACGAUCUGGCGCAUAUAUUGCAGAAGAACAUAAUUGCCGUGGGCAGCGAGCCGAAUUUAGCUUUAAAGGACAAUAACUGCAGCAACGCGAGUGACAAGUCCGUCGAGAAGGAGGCGCUCGAUCGGCGCUUCAGCUUGUCGAAAGACCCCAACGGCCCGGUCAGCGCCACAGCGACCGGCAAUGAAGACCUCUACAACUUUCCCAGUCUAACGGAUUUGUCCUUUAAUUUUACCUCAUUGGCGGCGCAGAAAAUCCUACAGGGUGUCAGCCUGAAUAGCAUCGAUACGUUGGUGGAGCUGAACAUGGCGGCUGCCGCUGCGGCGAACAAGGAGAAACAACAGAAUAAUCAACCCACACCGGUGUGUACCGACUAUGGCAUGGUGUAGCGGCUUGAUUGAUAGGCAAACAAAUGGAAUGCAAUUCUCAUCGCUUGCGUUGAUGCGUCGAAAUGAGCUCGGGUUAAUUGAGUGGGGAGCAGGGUGUGAUGUCGGUGGCUUUUUAGGGGGCAAUACAGAAGGCAUGCAUGGUCAGUGGGAUGGCGCACAACUUCAACUAACUAAAUACUACUAAUAAUUGUAUACUAAAAACAAGAAUUGAAACCGAGAAAAGAUAUUUACUACCCGCAUUUUAGAAAACCGAAACGGACCAGAAUAGAGACUGUUCUUAGUCUUGCAGUAAUUUUUUUCCAAUACCGUGAGUAAAGUGGCGCUGUUUUGAGUUAGUUUGUGGUGACCUUUUCAGAUUUUUCUUCAAAAAAAAAUGUCUUAGCCUCAAAAAACUAUUUUUAGCAGAGAUGUGUUUUCUUCUAAAAAUCCUAACCUCAAAAUAAUUUUAAGUUUUUGAGUCAGACAUUAAAAUUUUGUUUGAAUUUUUUAAGCAUUUAGUGGUCAUUUCUCGUUCCAAAGACAGCCGUGUCAAAGUUACCAAAACGAACCUAAGUUUAUAUCCGUCCAAGAAUAUACCCUUAAGCAAAGCAUCCUUGUAAAAAUUUUAAAUAGAGAUAUAUUCUUACAGUGUUAUUCGACACAAUCAGACUAAUGGUUUAUAAGUUCUUUAAAACCAUUAAACCAGCUUUGCUUCUUUUGGAUCAUUAUAAUAGAAUGACUUCUGGGAUUAUUAGCACCCGAAAAAGUAAGCAUUGUGAGGCAUAAUGUCAGAUCCAAAGAAUUUUAGACCAUCCAAGAUAUCCACGCUUGAGCCUCGAAGAAGGAGAUUUACUUAGUGGCACUGUGUACAAAUAUAGACUCCGUUUUGAGCUCUUUAAGCCCAAUAUUUAUACGGCGAUCUUCUCUUGUAAAGCAGAUUGGUAAUUAGAAAUUUCAUCGACAUUAGCAAAAAUCCUAGAAAGAACGAAAACCUGUAAUUAAAGAAUUCAAGAUCUAGAUCUACACAUAAAUUUAACGAUUUGGUGGUUUAGGUUACCUGAGCGAGAAACGUUUUAAAUCACAGGAAAGCCAUAUUUUGUUUAGGUUAAGUUUAAAGCCCCUGAGGCAUUAAAUAUGGUAGUUUAGCUAGUGGGGAGCAGGCAAUAUGUUAAGAUCGUGGUCCUUGGAUCACUCAAUUUAGAAGCCUUGAAAGUAUACAAAACAAAAUUGAUGAAACAAAAUUCUCUGAGAAAUCGUAAAGAGUGGAAGCUUCUAUUCUGCAGGUCGUUAUGGAUUCUGUGUGGGGCAACGAUGGAAUUCAGAAGACCACGAGCUUCAUGCGAAUAUCUUAUUUACAUAGAAAAAUGGUGAUAUUCAGGUACAUCACUACAAGAUAACAUUGUUUAAAGUUCUUUAAACCAUACUGAACCAGUUUUAUUACCGGGUUUCGGCCAAUUUCUUUUUUUUCGACCAGUUUUCGUCGAAUUUUCGACCAGUUUUUAAAUAUUUCUUAAUAUAUUUUUUUAAUAAAAUAUUUUGUUUUUUACAAAAAGGGAUUCUGAUAAAAGCUCUGCCAGUUAGUUUUGCCACUCUCUCAGAAUUUGUCACGUUACUAAAAAUUAAAUUGAAAAAAUAUAUUUUAAAAAAUAUUUGAAAUGAAUAGAAUAAUGCGAUUAUUAUUACGAUAAAAAAAUCAUCAAAAGUUGUUCGAAAAAAAUUACUCUAAACAAUUAUGGUCUAUUACAAGCGAUGCACUCAAGUAUUCCUCCAAAAUGUGUACUCGCCUACAACGUCGAUGAAUAGUAAACUUUAGACUGUUUGUAACGGAUAACAAUACUGAGCACUAACCAAAUACAUACAUACGUACAUA